AGGAAGUCCGUACAACCCUCAUGACACCCAAACCUAAUCCAGCUUGGGCUGACUCCACCCGCGCCGUCUCCCCCACUACUUCUACGUACAGGGGCCAUUGGUCGAACCCCGCGCGUACGCAGGCACGCGUGAGGAAACCGAUCGAUGGCGGCAGAGGGGGGCGGCGGCGGCGACGUGGGCAGGGCAGACGGCUGCAAGAAGACGCCGUGGACGCCGGAGGAGGACGAGGCGCUGCGGCGUGGGGUGCGCGAGCACGGGGCGAAGAGCUGGGACGCCAUCGCGCUCGCGCUGCCCGGGCGAGCCUCCAAGUCGUGCCGGCUGCGCUGGUGCCAGCAUCUGUCGCCGGAGCUGGACAGCCGCCCCUUCACGCCCGAGGAGGACGAGGAGAUCAUCAGGAGGCAGCGCGAGUUCGGCAACAAGUGGGCCACCAUCGCGCGCUACCUCACGGGACGCUCCGACAACUCCGUCAAGAACCGGUGGAACUCCACGCUGCGCAAGCAGCUGCUGGGCGCUCACGCCACGGAGGACGACGCCGCCGCCGCCGAAGACGACCAGGCCGUCCGGGUGUGCCUCCAGCUGUUCCCCAUGACGGCCGGGGUCUUGGAAGAGGAGGCAGAGGCCGCUGCGGCGGCAGAGGGCGAUGUAACCACCGACCUGACGCUGGGGUUGCCGGGGCUGGGCGAGGCCUCGGCCGUGGACCUGAGUCUGAGCCUCUGAUCUGUGCGCCCUUUUAAGUUAGAGCUUUGGGGCGAUCAGUGCAUCGUUAUUCCAUUAAUUCUGAGUCACAUGUGUUGCGAUCUUGCUGGCCGUCGUGUUGCAGAAGAAGAAUACAGAUGCAAUAUAGGCACAUGUAGAGUUGGGGCUCUAAUUUGUAUACUAUAGGAUUUUGCUACGUACAAAUCUACGUCAGUUUUCUUUAACCAUUGCAAAUUGAAUGUUUUAUGGCAAAAAUAGUUGUCACGAGGA